AGAACAAUGCUGCAGACUACAAGGCCACCUCGUACCCCAAUAUUUAUAAGCCAUGCCCCCUCGCCUUAUCGUGUUAUUCUUUCUCUCUCAGGACCAGAAGCAGCAGCUGUUGGCAUCAUGCGCUCCCUUGUGAUGCUAAGUGUGGUGGUGGGGGUCGCCCUCGGCCAAGGAUAUAUCCCGGACACGCCGGAGGUUCUGGCGGCUCGCAACGCCUUCGUCAAGGAGUACAACCGCCUUGCCAUGCUGGCGGCCCAGGCGCCAGACACACACAUCUACCACGAGCAGCUUCAUCAUCACCCGGGGGCAACCAAGCAUCACCAUCAUCAUUACGGCGUACCCCUUCCCUCCCUUCAACAGCAUGCCGCUGUCAAUGCUUAUAAAUAUUCAGCCAACCUGGGCCUCAAUGAACAUUACGUUCCAGGCCCUAAGACAUUCUCCUCCGUCAACCAUCUAGCUGGCCAUAUGGCAGGACACCAAGCGUUCACUGCUCAGGACGCUCCCGUGGUCCCCUGGACAGGACCUCUAGCGGACACUGUGCCUGCAGGCCUCAAUGGCCAAGUGAAAGACACCCCAGGUGUGGCAGCUGCCAAAGAUGAACAUUUCAAGGCCUUAAAAAUGGCUACACACACACCUACCGGUCAUACGCCCUACACCCACACAUUCCAUCCGCCUGCCUCUCACUCCUUCCAGCACAUCCCCGCCCCCGCCCAAGCACUGUUCCCAGCCCCCGCCCAAGCACUGUUCCCAGCCCCCGCCCCUGUGAAACCCUGGACGGGACCGAUGGCGGACACUGUGCCUGCGGGCGUGGAUGGUUUUGUUAGAGACACCCCGGGAGUGGCCAAUGCAAAAGCAGCCCAUUACCAAGCUUUGGCUUCAGCCUUAGGCUACCAGGGUGUCAACUUUGCGGUUUAACGGCAGGAAUCUUCAGUGGCGCAGUUCCGUUCUCAGGUGAGAAACACUUGGGUGGGGGAGGGGGUACAUACAGUCACCAGGUGAGGAGCCCCGAGGGGUACACAGUCACCAGGUGAGGAGCCCCGAGGGGUACACAGUCACCAGGUGAGGAGCCCCGACGGGUACACAGUCAUCAGGUGAGGAGCCCCGAGGAGGCAUUUGGUGAGGUGUGUGCAGUCACCAGGUGGAGCCUGGAGAGGCACACACACUCACCAGGUGUGUAGCACAUGUUUACCUCUGUACCUAAUGCUUCUGGGUAACUAAAUCUUUUGUUUAAUAUA